AUGGAUGAAUUUGAAAAAGCAAUCAUCUAUUGUUUUGAUCCAAAUGUUUCAGAAGACAUUAAACAAAAGGCAUUAGCAUACACAGAAUCAAUUAAAGUUGCACCAGAAGCAUGGUUAUUUUGUUUAGAAAGAUUGGGAAAAACUCAAAUUGUAUUAGUCAAAUUCUUUUGUUUACAAGUUUUUCAAGAAAUUAUCUUACAUAGAUAUGAAACAUUAAGCAAAACAGAUAGAUUAAAUUUAAGAACAGGUUUAAUGAAUUGGUUCAGACUUUAUUUAGUAAACAAUCAAGAAGAAUCUGCAAUCAAAAAUAAAUAUGCACAAGUUAUGGUAUUAUUAUUUAAACAAGAGUAUUUGGAGAAUUGGUUAACAUUUUUUGAUGAUUUCUUAUCAAUGUUAAGCCCAGGUAAUUCAUCAAUUGAUAUUUUCUUAAGAAUUUGUAAAUCAAUUGAUGAAGAAGUUGUUUCAUUUGAUGUUCAUAGAAGUCCUGCUGAAUUAGCUCAAAAUACAUUUAUUAAAGAUACAAUGAGAGAGAAUGCAAUUACAAAGAUUGUAGCAUCAUGGUAUGAAAUUUUAGUUCAUCAUCAAUCACCACCAUUAAUUAAUAUGACAUUACAAAAUAUUAAAACAUAUGUUGGUUGGAUUGAUAUUUCAUUGAUUGUUAAUGAUAAAUUCAUUCCAUUAUUUUGUAAAUAUCUUGGUGUUAGAGUUGUUAGAGAUGAAGUUUGUGAUUGUUUCAAAGAGAUCAUAAACAAAGGUAUGGAUCCAUUCGCAAAGUUAACAUUAAUUCAACAAUUGGAAAUUAAAAAUAUCAUUAAUUUUGCUCAAUUAGAUGAUCAAGAAUUUAAUAUUAGAGUUGGUGCUUUAAUUAAUUUAACUGGUAUGGAAAUUUUAAGAAGUUUAGAAUCUAUUCAAACAUUACAACAAGAAGGAUUUGAUAAAAAAUUUCAAAGUGGUGAAAUAUUAUUAGAGGAGAUGUUACAAUUAUUAUUUCGAUUCUUUAAUAAUGAAUCGAAUGAUGUUUCAUAUUCAGUUUAUGGUUUAGCAUCACUUUAUGUUCAAAAAUUAAAGAAUAUUAAAGUUUUAAAUGAAAAACAAAUUCAACAUAUUACAUUAUUGGUUCAAAUAGUUAGAAAUAAAAUGAGAUAUAAAACAAGUAGAAUUGAAGAGGAUGAUGAUGAAAGUGAUAUUAAAUUUGCAGAUUUUAGAAAAGAUUUAUCAAAUUUAUUUAGAAAUAUAUUUAGGAUUUGUCCAGAAAUGGUUGGUAGUUUUAUAGCGACAAAUAUUCAAAGAAUUGUAGAAAAUAAAAAUAAUAAUAAUAAAAAUAAAAAUACGACAAAUAGUAAAAAUGGUACUAUAAAUAAUAAUAUAAAUAAAACGAAUAAUAAUAACAACAACAACACGAAUAAUAUAAAUAAUAAUACAAAUAAUAUAAAUAAUAAUACGACUAAUAAUAAUAAUAAUAAUACAAAUAAAAAUAAUGUUAAAAAUGCGAAUAAUAUUAAAAAUAAUAAUAAUGAGGAUGAGGAGGAUGAUGAUGAUAUGUCAUUUUCAGAUAUUGAAGUUUCAAUUUAUUUAUUAUUUCAAAUGGGUGAAGGUAUAUCAGCAACAUCAGAGGAAACAUUAAAAUCAUUUGAGAAAUUCUUUGGUUCAAUGGUUGUAGUUUUAUCACAAAGUUCAAUUUCAAUUACAGAACAUCAAGUUGUUUCAUUAAUUUAUUUUGAAACUAUUGUUAGAUAUGCAAAGUAUAUACCAAUGGAUGAACAACAAUAUCUAUCAUCAGUUUUAAAAUCAUUCUUGGAUGAAAGAGGUAUUCAUAAUAAGGAUGCUUUGGUUAGAAGUAAAGCUGGUUAUUUGUUAAAUAAGUUGGCAAAAUAUUUGAAAGUUCAAAUGUUUCCAUACAUUAAUGAUAUCAUUGAUGCCUUGAAGAAUCAUUUAAUCAUUUCAUAUGAAAUUCAAAAAGAGGUGCCAUUCGAAGAACAAUUGAAUUUUUAUGAAUCAUUAGGAUUUUUAAUUGGUGGUGCAAAUUUACCCAUUGAGAAGGAGGCAUUGUAUAUUGAAAAGAUAUUAAAUAAUCCAAUUAUAAAGAUGGAGGAGAUCAUUGCAAAACAGUUAUAUAAAGGUGACACAAAGGAGAAUCAAUUCUAUUAUACAGUUCAGUUGACUCAGUUGAUCAAUGUGAUUGGUACGUUUAGUAAGGGUUUCAGCUCGUUCAAUGCUACAAAUGGUCAGUUGAAGCCCGACGCCUAUUGCACCUAUAAGGUUUAUUUCAAGCGUUCGUUAGAGUCGAUCAUUCAAUUGCCCUCGUUGAUACCCUCAAAUGAGGAUAUCAAGUCUAGAACCUUCUUUUAUAUGCAUCGUAUGGUGGAUGUGUUGGGAAAGGAUUUGAAGCCAUUGUUAGUGAAAAUCUUGCCCAUCCUAUUGGACCAUGCAACUACGAUAGACAUAUUGUUGGAGUUUUUGGUGUUUUACAAUCAACUAAUCUCAAAGUAUAAAGAGGAGCUAUUCGAUGUCAUCAAUCCAACACUUUGUCCAAUCGUUGAUAGAAUUUACAAAUCUUUGAAUACCACAAUCCCACCCGUCGAGCAUUCAGAUGCCGAAAGAGCGUUAAAUGAUUUGAAGAAAUCUUAUUUCCAAUUGAUUCAAGCUUUGUUUACUCAUAAUUUAGCUUCUACCCUAACUUCAACCCUCAAUUUACCUUUACUAUUUCAACAGGUUUUCAAUACAGUUAUUGGUGGUUGUCAAGCUAGUGGCAGUCAUUCAGAGUCCAUUCAAAAGGUUUGUUUUGUCAUUUUGAAGAAAAUGAUUGACGAUUAUUCUCCUGGUGGUCCACAUGCUGUAAAUGGUUUCCAAAGUUUUAUCUAUGAUCAAGUGGUACCCCUUUGCUUCCAAGUACCCCUAUCUGAUCAAUUCAAUAUGUCUGAUUUCACUUCAACUCAAAUUCUCUUGGAAAUUGGUAAAUCCCUAAGAGCCAUCGCUCAAAAGUAUGGUGAUGAAUUCUUAACCUAUAUGAAUACUAUCCUUUUACCAAAAUUAAAUGUCUCUCAAGAAGUUAUCAAUCAAUUCAUUAAAUUAUUACAACCUUCUUCUCCAAUUAAAGAUUUUCAAGAACUUUUAAAAUUAUUUAUUAGACAAAAAAAAGGUUUACCAAUUAAAACUUCAAAUUCAAAUAUAAAUCUUAAUAAUAAUAAUAAUAUAAAUAAUAAUAACAAUAAUAUAAAUAAUAAUGGUCAUACUAAUGGUAAUGGAGUGAACAAGAAUGGGCAUUGA